AUGGAGCGAGAGAGACAGCCAGAGAGGAAAGAGGUGAACUCUUGGAUAGUGUGUGAUGGAGACAUCGAUCCAGAGUGGGUUGAAAGCCUGAACUCUGUCCUCGAUGAUAAUCGGUUGUUAACCAUGCCCAGUGGAGAGCGCAUCCAGUUUGGACCCAAUGUUAACUUCCUGUUUGAGACUCACGACCUCAGCUGUGCCUCACCUGCCACCAUAUCCCGCAUGGGCAUGAUCUUUCUUAGUGAUGAGGACAUUGAUGUGGGUGCUUUGGUGAAGUCGUGGUUGAGACGACAACCAGACGAGUGUCGCAGUAACUUAGAAAACUGGCUGGGAGACUAUUUCCAAAAAGCUCUAAACUGGGUUCUUAAACAGAAUGACUUUGUGGUUGAAACUAGCCUGGUGGGUACUGUGAUGAAUUCCCUGUCACAUCUGAACGCUGUGAAUGAAAGGGGACAGUUUAUCAUUGGUCUUCUGAGGGGCAUGGGAGGGAACCUCAACAUUAAAACACGACAUGAGCUUGCAAAGGAGUUGUUGAGCUGGGCGAGGGAAAGUCCACCAGAUGCCAGAAAACCACUCGAUACUUAUUAUGAUUCUGUCAAUGGCCAACUAGCAGCUUACACAUUCCAGCAUCCUGAGGAUCUCACAUUGGAUCAGUUCUUUCACACACACAUGUUGCCCGUUAUAGAGACUACUGGCACGCAGAGAGGUCUGCACGGUUUUUCUCCAUGGCUUACAACUCAGCAUAGACAGCCCUUCAUGGUGGUUGGACCUGAGGGAUGCGGAAAGGGUAUGCUCCUGCGCUACGCUUUCUCUCGGCUGCGCUCCACUCAAGUUGCUGUGGUUCACUGCAGCGCCCAGACCUCAUCACGCCACGUCCUACAGAAGCUCAGCCAGACAUGCCUGUUGCUCAGCUCAAACACUGGCCGAGUGUUCAGACCAAAGGACUGUGAGAGUCUAGUCCUUUAUUUAAAAGACAUCAAUCUACCCAAACCAGACAAAUGGGGGACCAGCAACCUCACUGCCUUCCUGCAGCAGGUGUUGACAUACAAAGGAUUUUAUGAUGAAAAUCUAGAGUGGGUGAGUCUUGAAAACAUUCAGGUUGUGGCCUCCAUGUCAACAGGGGGUGCUGUCAGCAGCCAUGCCCUCACCUCCCGUUUCUCCUCAAUUGUACGCAUCUGUACCAUAGAUUAUCCAAACAGAGAGCAGCUACAGACCAUCUACUCGGCUUACUUGCAACCAGUUCUCCAGCAUAGCCUGGGCAACCAAGCAGCCUGGGCCACCAUAGGAAAAACUCACCAGUUGGCUGGGUUUUUUGUGCAGCUCUAUGAACAGAUCAAAACAAAGUUUACAGUGGAUGACCACAGUCAUUACCUGUUUACACCCUGCAUCCUCACAGAAUGGGUCCUCAGCCUCCUGCGGUAUGAUCUUACUUCAGCUGCUCUGCACAGGACCAGUGACGUCAUUCGCUGCAGUCUUGACAGGUGA